GUCAGCUUAGCUUGUUAGCUGCUAACAAAGAGACGCGGAUUUGAUCAACACAUCGCUUAGUUAAGAUCAAGUGUGAGUGUAAAGUGUUGUGAUUGUGUGAAAAUGUGUGAAAGAACGAUAGCAGAGUACAAAGAGGAACUUUCUCGGACAAAAGAAGAAAACAAAAGACUACGUCAACUACUGGACGCUGUUUUCGAGAAACCUCAAGUUGUGUUACACAGAACAGACAUCCAGCAGCCCCCCCACAUGAAAGAGGAAGAGGAUGAUCCACAGCCCACCCACAUGAAAGAGGAAGAGGAGGGAGAGUAUGUUGUAGGGCAGGAGGAGGAUGAUGUCAGCAAGUUUCCACUGACUGUUGUCUCUGUGAAGACUGAAGAGCAUGAAGACAAAGCACCUGAGUCCUCACAGCUUCAUCACAGUCCAAACGUCCAGCGGGUGUCAGCGGGGAGUCAUGAAGAGGAGUGGCACACCAGUGUGGGACAGAAGGAGCUACAGGCCCCCUCCCACAUUAAAGAGGAGCAGCUUCAUGAUGAAGAUGAAGCUCAGUCCUUACAGCUUCAUCACAGUCAAAGUGAGGAGAACAGAGGGGCGGAGCUUGUAAGUCAACACAUCACAGAAGCUGAUGGAGAGCAUUGUGAAGAUAUCAAGUCAGAACCAGACAGCAUCUUUGCUCCACUGUCAGACAUGGACCACAUGAUGUCACACUCUUCUGAUCACAGUGACCACAUCCAAAAACCUUUGGAGAGUAAAAAUGACUCUAAAGGUGAUACGAGACAUCACACUAACAACAAACACUUCUGCUCUGAAUGUGGGAAAUCAUUUAGACAGAAGAGUAAUUUUACAAGACACAUGAGAACACAUACUGGAGAGAAACCUUUUACUUGCUCUGUUUGUAAGAAAAGUUUCUCCACUAAGCAAAGCAUGACCACACACAUGAGAACACACACUGGAGAGAAAGCUUUUACUUGCUCUGUUUGUAAGACGAGUUUCUCCAUAAAGCGUAACAUGACCACACACAUGAGAACACACACUGGAGAGAAACCUUUUACUUGCUCUGUUUGUAAGAAAAGUUUCUCCACUAAGCAAAGCAUGACCACACACAUGAGAACACAUACUGGAGAGAAACCUUUUACUUGCUCUGUUUGUAAGAAGAGUUUCUCCACAAAGCCACACUUGACCACACACAUGAGAACACACACCGGAGAUAAACCUUUUACUUGCUCUGUUUGUAAGAAGAGUUUCUCCAGAAAGGAACAAAUGACCAUACACAUGAGAACACACACUGGAGAGAAACCUUUUGCUUGCUCAGCUUGUGCUAAAAGAUUCAACAUAAAGAAUGACAUGAUAUUACACAUGAGAACACACACAGGUGAGAAACCUUUUACUUGCUCUGUUUGUAAGAAGAUUUUCUCUAGAAAGCAACACAUGGCCACACACAUGAGAACACACACUGGAGAGAAACCUUUUUCUUGCUCAGCUUGUGCUAAAAGAUUCAACACUAAGAAUGGCAUGAUAUUACACAUGAGAACACACACUGGAGAGAAACCUUUUCCUUGCUCAGUGUUAGAAUAAUUAUGUAUAUAGUAGCACACUAACUUUAGUAUCCUUAAAGUCUGUUGCUUUAGUUAUUAGUUAUUGUGCUUAAGUUAGACUUUUGUAUUCGUGCAAGGACACAAACUUCUUGUCUGAGGGGUGGCCUCAGCCGCAGAUGUUAUCUUUGUUUUAGCCCGCUAACAGCCAAGGACUUCAAGGACCUCAACGAAGAUAAGACGACAACACGCAGAUGAAGCAGAGACUUUAAGGACCUCAAUGAAGAUAAG